AUGUCGGGAGAUGCGGGUGACAAGAGCACGGAGAUGCUUGGGCGCAUCAACCAGCAGCUCCGUCAGGCUCUGCUGGGUUGCUUUCCAACUGCCUACGAGCAGUAUGUCACUCUCCAAUUGCCUGGUACUAUCAUUGAUACCAGGCUGGGUGGCUCCUAUUUGCCUAAAGGAGAGCGAGCGACGGCUGACAUCCGCAAUAUGAUUCAAUGCAACGAAGCCAUGCUGGUUGAUUCCAUGGUACCACUAGAUAAGAUCAUGCUUGGACCUACCGGAAAAAGCGUAACGAGGAGUUACAUGACCGCUCUGGACAUGCUUGUUCCUCGAAAGACAGAGAUUGGCUCGAUGGAUAUCGACUCAGAACUUAGUGGGGAUAGCACGAGCAGAUACUCUCAAGCCAUGAAGUUCUUGCGGUCGAAAGAAACAAUUCUUACGCCGAAGUCUGAGAUUGUAGGCUCUCGUCUAAGGGGUGCAAAAGACAAAAUGGAGGCUCAAGGCAUCUCGGGUACGGUCGUCGAUCGAUACGUUGAGAAGCAGAUAGCAUGGUCUGAGGCUCGCGGUAAAUGGGAUGCAGUCCGAGUCGAAGCCCAAGAGGCACGGGAGUCAAAUGAUGAAAAUCUACAGAGCGCUGCUCUGUUCACUGCGAGACAGAAGGAUCUCAAAAGAACCCAGGGUGAACUUCAUGCACGUUGGAUGGACUGGGUGGUGAACGGAGACAAAUUUCGUGUUGAGUACUGUUUCUCCGUUGUCGACCGGGACUCUAUUAUGGCAAGGAUUGAGAGAGGCAGAGAAGCUACACGGGACUCUUUGUUGACCAGUAUUGACGGAACUGAAUGGGCUCAAGUUACAUUGGAACCCCGAAACUGGGCUCAUAUUUGCCGAGCAAAAGCAAUUGACUGGAAGACUCGCAAUCCAACUAAUCCUGCCCAUCUUCAAUUACGCCUUGAGAGUCUGAAACGCAUGAAACAGGCAUACGAAGUUUACCAGGAAAAUCUGAAAGUCCGCGGUACACCGAGGGAGCCCAAAACCACUUGGGACGCAAUCAGCGCACAGUAUAAGGGGUUGACGGACGAAAAGGCCCGCCGUCGGAUUGAACCGUUGUAUAACGCUAUGUCAAAAGUCAAUCAGGCUCAGGAGGAUUUUACGCAGAAAGAAACAGACAAUCAAACUGCCAACGCUGGCACGGAUAAGACGCUACAGGACACGACCCUGAAGGCGUUGAACGCCGCGAGAGAGACCUUGAGGAAUGCCAAGGAUGCUGCGGCUCGAGAAGAAGAUGCAGCGGGAGUGAAGGCGGAGCAAGAAGAUGAGCGUAGGACGGCGCUCAAUGACUUUUACUCUUGCGAACAGGAUUUGCGCAAUGCAACAGAAGAAGCGGAAAAGGAUCCAAAGGAUUCUGCGAAGCAACAGGCAGUAGCAACAGCUCGGAAUAAACUCGAUGUGGCCAAGACCAGGUGGAAGAGAGCCGACGAAGCACUUCAGGCACUUGGGACGAAGGAGUCCGUGUCUAAACUCGAAGUCGAUGGAAUCAGAACCAUGGAAAAUACUGCCAAAGGGCAGAUCACUUCCAUCAACAGCGAGAUAAGCGAACUUCAAAUGAGUCUAGGAGCUACGGGUGCCGGGCUCGCUAAUGCGCCAAACGUGAUCACGGGCGUCUCCAAGGAGAACGCUCUCACCUACGCAAAUGAUGAUGCCUCCAUGAAACCUGGCGCCGCCACCGCGGCCCUCGGAGAAGAGAGCGCUGACGUGUGGACAAAAGUCGCGUUUUCUGUAGGGACCUCAUCCGACAGCUCGUCGACUAGAGAGUCCAACGUUUCAGCCUCCGCCAAUAUUUCAGUCGGUCACUGGUGGGCUAAAGUGCAGGCGAGCACAAGUUUCUCGAGCUCUAGCAAGACAGUUUCAAGUCAGAUGUCGUCAUGCAGGGUGGAUGGCUCAUUCUCGGCUAUGGUGGUCAACAUCAAGCGUCCCUGGCUUCACAGCGAGCUUUUUCAAGACUUUGACAUCGAUAUACCAGCCGGUACAAAGCUUAGCCCAGGUGCGCAGCAGAUUAAGGAAUGGGUUGACAAGGGCGACCGGGGGAAUGGGGCAAAUAAGCGCACUGAAUACGGCAAGUUUCCUGCUUAUCCGACCGCCUUCAUCGUUGCGGCCGACACGGUUCUUGAGUUCAAGAGCACCCAGAAGAAUAGCGAGGAGAUGAUGAAGGCUCUCUCAACCGACAGUUCUAUCCAAGCCAGCUAUGGUCCGUGGGGUUUGAAAUGUGGUGCCUCGGCCAAAACAAACAGCCAGGAGUCAGCGCAAAAUAUGGAAGUUAAGGAUGGCAGCCUUCGAAUUUGCUUCCAGGCGCCCCAGAUCAUUGGUUGGGUGUCAGAGAUCCUGCCCGAGUUGCCGCGUGGUGGUGAGCUAGGUGGUUUGACUGCACCUCCCAAUAAGGCUUUCAGAGCAUAA